AUGCAGCCCUCAGAACACGAGAUCCAGCGCGAGGUCGAGAACCUGCGCGACAUCCGCCGCCGCUCGUCCGCCCAGGGCGGGCCCGGCGCGCUGAUCCUCGACCCUGAUCUCCCCGCCCAGACGCACGCGCACACCCCGCCGCCCCCGCACGCCAACCCGCAGACCGCCUACUACGACGACUCCAGCUCAGACUCACACUCCCAUGAGGACAGCGCAGAGAGCGCGCCCGCCGACGACCCCUUUCACCUCUUCUGGGUCCCUGCACGCAUGCACCCCGAGAUCGACCCCGGCCAGUUCCGUGCGUUUCUCAAGGAACAUGCCCGCGCCCCCUCCGACGGACCUGGCGCGACCUUGGGCCGCGCGGGCUCGACGUCGUCCCUCAGCUCCGGGCUGGGGCGCAAGAAGUCGAUGCUGAGCAGGCAGUACAAGCCGUCGGAGCACGACGGUGUCGAGGACGAGCGUGUCGUCCCGCUUCGCAGAAACAAGUCGUCGCUCUACCACGUCGAUGGUCCCCAGCUGACGAUCGGCGACCUCGAGCGGCUCGACGAGCUCGCGGAGGAGGCGUCCAAGAGCAGCGACCCGUCCAAGCUUCGGAGCGUCCUCCGCCGCAGCCUCAGUAUGAACAUGGCGCCCUCAGUCAUUGACCAGAUGGACAACAUCCCCGACAUGGGCGACGAGGCGGACAGCCCCAUCAUCGUGCCCCGCCCCGGCCAGAUCCUGCGCCGCGCCGCUCGCACCAAAAUUCGCAAGCCGGGACAGACCGGCGAGGGCAGCCAUCGGUUCAACGCAACUCGGCGUGGCCCCGGUGCACGCGCGGCCACCACCGGCGCCGACCAGAGGACGUCGAGCGACCUGUCCUCGAGCGACCAUGGCGACAGCGAGCCGCGGCGCGAGCGUGCCCUCAGCAACGAGAGCUUCUCGGACGAGGGGGCCCCGCGCCUCGUAAGGCCCGAAUCGUACAGCGUUGAAACAUUCAUCUUUGACUCGUACGUGACCGAUGAGAAUACGGAAACAGACAUCCUCGCUCUCGCUACGACGCUGGAGCUCCCGGAGCCUGUGACGUCUCCCGUCGAAGAACCCCACAUCUUGCGCACUACCUCCCCGCCUCCGAUGCUCCCGCUAGAGCCACCAUUAACGGAACCGGUGAUACCUUCGCCAAUAUUACAGCACCCGCAACCCACGCGCCCGCAGCUCGAUGUUCCUGCCCCUGUAGAAGUUCCUUCUCGCACACCCUCCCCCGAACGAGCAUCAUCCCCUCCCCCGAUCUCCGAAACCCCUUCCCAGGCACGGCCCUCGCUCUCAGAAUUGUCCCCUGUGGCAUCCCGUCCGUCUUCUCAGAUCGAUCACCGGAAGGAGAGGGAUAAGAAGGGCCUGUUCGGCAAAUGGGGAGGCGAGAAGAAGGGGAAGAAGGAGAAGGAGAGGGAGCGGGAGAAGGAGAGGGAGAAGGAGCGAGAGCGGGAACGGGAGCGAGAAAAAGAGAAAGAAAAGGAGAAGGAGACUGGGUUUUUCGGGUCGUUCUUUGGCUCGAAGAAGAAGCAAGAGGAGUCUUCGCCGGGCCUUGGGCACGGCGCGGGACGCGAGACCGCCGCGGCCCUGCUCGGCGCAUCCAAGUCCAAGAGCGCCGCGCCCUCACCCUCGCCGCAGCCCAUCGCGGGAAACUACGCUAGAUAUCCGAUCCACGUCGAGCGCGCGAUCUACAGGCUCAGCCACAUCAAGCUCGCGAACCCACGCCGCCCGCUGUACGAGCAGGUGCUCAUCAGCAAUCUGAUGUUCUGGUAUCUCGGCGUGAUCAACAAGGCGCAGACCCAGGGCGCCGGUGGCGAGGCGGGCGCGGGCGCGGUGCAGGGCCCGAGUCCGGCGGAGAAGGAGAAGAGAGAACGCGAGCAGCGGGAAAAGGAGGAACAUGAGCGCGCUGCAAAAGAGGCCGCGGAGCGAGAGGCGGAGCGCGAGCGCGUGGAGCGGCUCGAGCAGAAGGCGCAAGGACGACGGGGGAGCCUCACGAAGUCCCCGACCGCGGGCUCGCCUGCAUCGGGGAAUCGACGCGCCGAGAUGCCUGUGCGUGGGCCGCAGUACGACCUACAGCACCGCGCGAUGGAGCAAGAAUACGGAUACCCAGGCGGCUACGCCAACGGGCUGCCCUCGCCAUACCCGUCGUCGCCGCAGUCCCCCCAAUCCCCGCAUUCGCAAUCUCCCUCCCAGCUCGCGCAUCCACAGCCCCAACUCGCGCAGAGCUACUACGGCAGCCCAAGUAAUACCCCGGUGGCCCAGCAGCCGCCCCGUUCGGCGAGUCCGAGCAGAGCAGGUGCCGGGUCGCCCAAGUUACCCCCUGGCGCGAUGCCGCCACCGGAACGCGAGCAGGGGUGGCAAGUGCCCGCGCAGCGGACGAUGUCAUCCCCGUCCCCGCCAUCCUCGCCACCGACCGCCGUGAACGCGAAUUCACGCCCGCGUCGAUCGCGCUCGCCGCCACCGCCGAGCCGCCAUACCCACGGCGCGCACAACAGUGCGAAGGUCCCGGGACGAUCGUUGUCCGCUACGGCGGUCGCCGCAGCGUCGGGGGGCCCGCCUGCGGCGGCAGCGGCGCACCCCGUGAACGGGAAGUCGCGGAAAGCGACGAGCGCGCACGCGACGGUGCCGCAUAAUGCGCGGAGACCGAGGACGAGCGAGGCCUCCAAUGGCGAGGAGGAGGACAUGCCCCUAGCGAUGUGGCAGCAGCAGCAACGGCAGAGAUGA